AAACCUCGACAUAGAACAACGUUUUCCUCACACCAGCUAGAAGAGAUGGAGAAGGCAUUCAGAAAGGCUCCUUAUCCAGAUGUUAUCACUCGAGAAGAGUUAGCACAAAAACUUGGUCUUCAGGAAGCUCGCGUUCAGGUUUGGUUUCAAAACAGAAGAGCUAAGUGGAGAAAA